UGUUGUGAUGUUUGGGUCUGUGUAAAACUAAACUCACUUCGAAGCUUAACAUUAACCGAAACCGUUCUUCUUUGCAUUUAUAGUUAAAAAACACUUGAAACUAUUAUUAGUAAGUUAAUUGUAAUAGUUGAUUUAAACACGAUAUACAGCACUGACGAUAUUUCCAAGGUUAGAAUACCAUGAUAAUUGUGAUAUUUGCAAUGUUUAUAUUUUAAUCAUAAAAAUGUCACGAUCGUGAAUUCUUUAAUACUUGCAUAGUGAGAAUUAACAUUAUAAUUGAAAAUUACAAUGGAGGCUCUAUCAGAAUCUACCGAUCUAACCUAUCCACAAGCCGUGGAUCCUACGAUGCAAGUUGAUCAGCCGAUGGACACCGACAAAUUACCAAUCCAGCCCCCGAUACAGCCACCAGAAAUUAUUGGACCUCAGAGCGGUAAACAUGAAGAAUUUUCGGUCGAGAAAGUAUUAGAUCGGCGAAUAAAAAAUGGCAAAGUGGAAUACUUGCUAAAGUGGAAAGGUUAUUCGAAUUUUUUCAGUGAGGAUAACACAUGGGAACCAGAGGAUAAUCUAGAUUGCCCUGAUUUAAUAUCAGCGUAUGAAGAAGCUCGUCUAAAGAGAGAAAGAGAGGUAGCUGCACCUCCUGAGGUUGAGGAGGGACAUUCAACCCGCAAACGAGCAAAGAGAGGAGAUAAGAAAAAGAAAGUUGAGGAGGUCGAGAAACCAAGAGGUUUGGCGAGGGGACUACAACCAGAGAAAAUUCUAGCGGGGCAACUUUUCCAUGGCACACUAUACUUUUUAGUAAAAUGGCAAGACUGUCAAGAAAUGGAUGUAGUCCCAGGACACGAUUUAGGAGAGUCGUUCCCAGACUUUGUGAUAAACUACUAUGAACAGUGUGCCCCGUUCAGUGUAAGACAUCCUGUCGGAAGAGUGCCAAGAGCUGCCCCAGAACUUCCACCACUGGAAACUUCAGAGAUUAAUACUGAAACCCCAAUGGAAGUUAGCCAGGAAGAUACUGCCAGCAUCACAGAGACAGAACAAGCUCCAGUUGAAAUGCCAGCACCAGAACCACAACCACCGAUAUCAGAACCUGAAAGCCAAUCCAUAGAGGUGCCAGUCAACUGACUCGCGUUUUACAAUGCCAAUAGUAAAGACUACUGACGACAUUCAAUAACUGACUCAAAAUUAUAUUUAACUCGAAUACACGACGUAUUUGAGUACAUACCUUAAAUUAUUAUUAAAGGUUACAUUCAUUCAGGAUUCAUUCAGGUACUCAUUCGUGAGCUUCGAAGGAUGUAAUGUGUCAUGGACAUUAUUCGAUUCAGAUGAGAUAGAUGUAGACAGACACUAACGCCAUCUAUGUGUUAACGGAGUAAUAUUGAGACUUAAAUUUUCCAUUUCCUUAUACCAAACCACACGCGCCAAAUACUGCACUUUUAUGUUUUCAAUUGGAAUCGUAAAUCAUUAAUAUUAAUCAUUGGGAAAUUUACUACUCUUUUUAAGUUAUCUCUGAUUAAGGAAUGGGAUUAUAUUACUAAAACGUACUGUAAAGCUAUUAUAAAGAAGAUACACAUACAAUGCAUGCAUUUUUUCAUUAAUGCCGAAUGAAAGAUAUACAUAUUAGAUUAUCUAUACCAAGAUUAUAAAUGCUAAUGUCACUGUCUCGGUCUAACCACUAAACCAGUAAUAGCUGACGAUCAAGCCCUAAAACGCGAGUAUAAUCGCGGGCGACAACUAGUACGAAGGCAGGGCCAUCCAGGUGGGCUCAAACCAACCACAAAUAUAAUAACUUUUAUUGCUGUGUUCCAGUUUGAAACGGAGAGAAUGAAAAAAGAGGAAUAAAACAUAAAAUCUAAUACCUAAUUUUAAACACACAAUGGAAACAUGGUAUGUUAAUAUACGUCGGAGUAAAGUGAACGAAUACCGUAUAGAACAGCAACAAAUUUCAAGUGAUUGAAAUAUUCAUCAUUUAUAUUUAAUGAAUUGUAAUUUCAAGUGAUACCUGUUAGUGUGUAGGACCUAAAUGCUUUUAAUAGAAGGUUUCACAUCUUUAUAGAAUAAAAAGGUAUUCUCUUUAGAAUAAUACCCUAAAUUUGAUAAAUAAAAUGGGUAAAUUAUACAUAUAUAAAAAUAUUUAGAUACGCCAGGAAUAUAGGAUUAAUUGCUUUCGUUUUCCAUAGAGGUGCAAAAUAAAGUAUUUUUUUAAUAGAUUAUUCAAAUGUGACCUUUGCUAAUUAUUGAUAUUCCUAAAAUGACUAUGUGUACGAAUCGUUUUAAAUUAAAUUAUGUGUAAGAAAUAAA